CCUGCGCCGGGCCUGGCGCGAGGGGCGCGGCCCCGGCGCCACAGACAGCGCGGCUGCGGAGCGGGACGCACCAUGUGCGGCAUCUUUGCUUACCUGAACUACCAUGUGCCCCGGACAAGGCGGGAGAUCCUGGAGACCCUCAUCAAGGGGCUGCAGCGCCUGGAGUACCGGGGCUAUGACUCUGCAGGUGUGGGACUGGACGGCGGAAAUGACAAAGACUGGGAAGCCAAUGCUUGCAAAAUCCACAUUAUCAAACAGACGGGGAAAGUGAAGGCUCUGGAUGAAGAGGUUCACAAGCAACAGGACAUGGACCUGGACAUCGAGUUUGACGUUCACCUGGGGAUUGCCCACACGCGCUGGGCCACGCAUGGCGAGCCCAAGCCUGUCAACAGCCACCCUCAGCGCUCAGACAAGAACAAUGAGUUCAUCGUCAUCCACAACGGCAUCAUCACAAACUACAAGGACCUGCAGAAAUUCCUGGAGAGCAAGGGCUACGACUUCGAGUCGGAGACGGACACGGAGAGCAUCGUCAAGCUGGUCAAGUACAUGUACGACAACCGCGACAGCGACGACAUCAGCUUCUCCACGCUGGUGGAGAGGGUCAUCCAGCAGCUGGAAGGUGCUUUUGCCCUUGUGUUCAAGAGUGUUCAUUACCCUGGGCAAGCAGUUGGUACCAGGCGAGGCAGCCCCCUGCUCAUCGGUGUGCGCAGCGAGCACAAGCUCUCCACUGACCACAUCCCCAUCCUGUACCGCACAGGGAAAGAUAAGAAGGGGAGCUGCAACCUGUCUCGAGUGGACAGCACCACCUGCCUCUUCCCUGUGGAGGAGAAAGCUGUGGAAUAUUACUUUGCUUCUGAUGCCAGUGCUGUCAUCGAGCACACCAACCGCGUGAUCUUCCUGGAGGACGACGACGUGGCGGCCGUGGUGGACGGGCGGCUGUCCAUCCACCGCGUCAAGCGCACGGCCGGCGACCACCCGGGCCGGGCCGUGCAGACCCUGCAGAUGGAGCUGCAGCAGAUCAUGAAGGGUAACUUCAGCUCAUUCAUGCAGAAGGAAAUAUUUGAACAGCCAGAAUCUGUUGUUAACACAAUGAGAGGAAGGGUCAACUUUGAUGACUACACUGUGAACCUUGGUGGGCUGAAGGAUCACAUCAAGGAGAUCCAAAGGUGUCGGCGUUUGAUCCUCAUCGCCUGUGGCACGAGUUACCACGCAGGAGUGGCAACCCGCCAGGUGCUGGAAGAGCUGACUGAGUUACCUGUCAUGGUGGAGCUGGCCAGUGACUUCCUGGACAGGAACACCCCUGUGUUCAGGGAUGAUGUCUGCUUCUUCCUCAGCCAGUCAGGGGAAACAGCAGACACUCUGAUGUGCCUUCGGUACUGCAAGGAGAGGGGAGCCCUGACCGUGGGCAUCACCAACACCGUGGGCAGCUCCAUCUCCCGCGAGACCGACUGCGGCGUGCACAUCAACGCGGGCCCCGAGAUCGGCGUGGCCAGCACCAAGGCCUACACCAGCCAGUUCGUGUCCCUGGUGAUGUUUGCCCUGAUGAUGUGUGACGACAGGAUCUCCAUGCAGGAGCGGCGCAAGGAGAUCAUGCGGGGGCUGAAGGGGCUGCCAGACUUGAUUAAAGAAGUGCUGAGCAUGGAUGAUGAAAUCCAGAAGCUGGCCACAGAGCUGUACCAUCAGAAGUCUGUCCUCAUCAUGGGACGUGGUUACCACUAUGCCACGUGUCUGGAGGGAGCCUUGAAAAUUAAAGAGAUCACCUACAUGCACUCAGAAGGGAUCCUGGCUGGGGAGCUGAAGCACGGCCCCCUGGCCCUGGUGGACAAGCUCAUGCCUGUGAUCAUGAUCAUCAUGAGAGACCACACCUAUGCCAAGUGCCAGAACGCUCUCCAGCAGGUCAUUGCACGGCAGGGCCGGCCUGUGGUGAUUUGUGACAAGGAGGACAUUGAGACCAUUAAGAACAACAAAAGAACAAUCAAAGUUCCCCACUCAGUGGACUGUCUGCAGGGGAUCCUGAGUGUGAUCCCCCUCCAGCUGCUGGCCUUCCACCUGGCCGUACUCAGGGGCUAUGAUGUUGAUUUUCCAAGAAAUCUGGCCAAGUCCGUAACUGUAGAGUGAAACAUCAUCUGAAUCAUAGGGGCAAAGGGGAAUUAAAUGAAAGACUUUUUUUGGUACCAAAAUAACUUGAUUUUAAAGCCCCCUAGGUAAAUCUUAUUUUGGUAAAUCGUUGUUUGUGUAUAAGAUCACCAUAAUUCCAUUACAUUAGUGAUUGUCCAAUUGAUUCCACAUGCUAUGUCAAUAGCUCUGGGUUUUUUUGAUCAGUAGACUUCCAUGAAAGAUGUUAAAUGGUUUUCCUUAAAGAUUGCUGAGUCUUCUAGGUAAGGGGCACUCCACUUUACUCUGAGCUAAUGUCAUUGUCUCUUACCCAAUGUGGCUCAUUCCAGUCACUGAUGAGAAACCUCCGAAGGAAUUAAUCCAUGCCCUGUCAUGCUCUCAGGCAGUGAAGCAGGACACCAGGACAGACAACUGGAACAAGAGCUGCUACUGGUCAUGCUUGUGCAGAUAUUUUACCAGUGAAUGAAACUGCAGGCAAAGCCUUUGGGGUAAAUUCCUGCCUCAGGUGCAAAAGGAAUUCAGCUGAGUUGGCACAGCCUCCUCCUCUGGGCACCUGGUGGAUGUGCCAAGAGCUGCUCCAGGAGGGUUUUAUCUAUGCCAAAAACAGACAAGACAAUCUCAUAGCCAUGGUGGCCGUGGCACCCAGCCUGUGGGACUGGGAGCUCUGCCUGGCCAGUGGGGUGAGGGCAAGGAGGAGAGCCCAGGGCUUGCUCAGAGCUGCUGCCUGCUGCUGCUGCUUGGGGCUUUUUAAAACAAGUGGAAGAUUUCCUGUGCUGAGGAUUUUCCCCUUGAACUGAGGGGCACUGUGGGAGACACUUGAGUGACCCAGCUGUGCACACACCUGGGUGACCCAGCUUCAUGCACACCUGAGGGGGAUAAAAAGGCUCCAUAAACACAACAGAAAUAAAUACCUUGGUAAUAUUUCUAUAACAGGCUUGAAGAGAAUCAAAAAUGACACAGAAAAUGUAUGUUCAGGGCUCCAAACCUGACUUUUUCAGAGUAUUCUUAGGUAUUUCCUAAUGUGAAAAGGUGAAUUUCCUCCCAUCUUGCUGGGUUUUGAAUUAACUUUACACAGGCACUACAAAAACCAUACCACAAGGUAUAAAAUGGUGCUGGUGAAUAUUCCAGGUCAUUUACUGCCCCUGAGAAAUGGCUUUAGGCAAUGCAGUGCUUGGGGACUGCCCAGUGCCCUGCCAACCCCAGCUGCCCUGGCACAGGGUGACACAGUCACUCAGGCUGGUCCAUGGCUGCCCUGAGCAAGGUAUUCCCAAAGUCUCUAUGGAAAUUCUGCUUGGUAUGAACCCACAGGGACUCUUCCACUUCAAUGCAGUGUCAGCUCAAGGCUCAGUUUCAUGAUGAGAAUGAAAUGCUGCGUGCCUGGAAACAGGUUCUCCAAGCCAGUGUAUGUGUUUAUUAAUCUGUCAUAUUCAGACUAUUAAUUUAUGAACACAUUGUGCUGCCAGUGUCUGUUUAAGAACAAAGUAGUAAAUGCUGCAUUUUAGUUCAGCAAAUGCUGUGUGUGAGGCACUGCCUUGUGACAGCUGUGCCUCUACCUAAACAUGACCCAUAGCCCUCCCUGCUUCACUGGAGGAGGAGAAUUGUCCUUAGGGGAAAAAAACAAGGCUGUGCAAUGCUCACAGGUGGGGACAGCUCCUCCUCCUUUUCCUCCUCCUCCUAGCUUGCUUUAGAGAACCUGUGCAGGGCUGGCUCCCCUGGGUCCCCUGGCACAGGAUGUGCAGUGUCCCACCCUUGGCUCUCAGACCAGGAUCUCAUGUGAGGCAGCCCCACAAGGGAAUGAUUUGAUGCCCUUUUUUUUUUUCUGCGCCUGCAGCCAGCAUUGCUUUCACCCUGCCUUGCACAGAGAGCUGCCUGUGGGCAGGGGCACACACCCCUGUGAACACAAGCUGCUCCUGAGUAGAAGUUUGGUAGUGCAGGCUGUUACACGUUGGUCAGAGUUGUGUACCAAGAGGACCAAAGAGCAGGAGUCUGAGUUAGAAAUGUCCAGUCUGACAGUGGAGCUGUAGGGGUCAUGCUGAGCUCUCUGGCUUUGUGCUGUGCCAGACAAAUCCUUGUUCCUUGUAGCUGGAGGCAUUGAUGGGUCAGAGGAGCAGGUAGUGCCCAGCCCCUCCUGCCAGCAACUGCCUGGGUGUCAAACUCUACCUGCCAAAACUGAGGGCUCAGAGCUGCUGCAGUGAGGCUGAGGGUGCUGUAGGCUCAGUCCCAAAGGAUGCUCUGGAGCACACCUGUAUGAAGAAUUCCUCUGCUGAGAGUGGCAGGGAACUUGUUAAGCAUCUCCUUGUUGUUGUUGUUGCCAUGUAGUGUGAAGUGAGAAUGUACAAAGGACUCUUUUUAGCUUUCCUUACCUCAUUUUAUCCACGUGUUGCAUUUCGAUGAACAGAUGAUGUUUCUCUUUUCCUUAGAAAACUUUUAGGAUGUCUCGUGGUAUUUAUUAACAGCCAGUCAGUCUUCUGCUCUCCCAAAUGAAUGUUUUGCUUACUGAGCCAGUGAAAUUCUCUCCUUCCUCACUGAGGUGUUGAAAAAUUCAGUAGCCCUAUCUCUAAAAUUGAGCCACAGGUAAAUGGUAAAUAAAAAUAAAAAUCAAAGCCUUUGCCAUCUAGAAUAGCAGCUCCUAUUCCUGCCCACUUUGGUCACAAUUUAUUUUGUUGUGAGUAACUCUGUUCCUCACCUGUAGGGACUCAGAGGGAAGCCCUGAGGUCUUGGGGAGUUGAAUUACCAAAGACCAGAGAGCUCCCAGCUCAGCCCAUGUUUCUGGCUGUCAGUUCUCAGAGAGAUUCCACACACGUGGAAAUGAGGCUGCACAUGGAAUAUGCGGCAGCCAGAAAGGUUUUUUCUCCCCCCUGGCUUGCUGCAGUAGGGCUGUGGGCAGUUUUCUCCCGGAUUUGUCAUAGCCAGCACUCUGUGCAUGUUCUUACCAAGAGCCCAUCAGUGCCUGGGGGCUGUCCCUGGGCAGGACCAUCUCCUGUGUGAAGUGGGGAGACCCUUCUGUCCAAAAAGCUGCCUGGACACCCAGUGUUGGGUCAGGCUCAACCCCCUGUGCUGAGAGAGCCAAAACACCACCCAGAGCCUUUCCCAGCCACGUGGGAUGGAGCUCAUGGGCCCCACACGGAACCCUCAGUCUGGAGCCAUAAGCCCAGCCCAGACACAGAGGGCUGCUUGAGCUGCAGAGUGAAGCCUCUAAAGGCACAAAUCAAACCCACACCAGUGCAGAACUGGGCCUUAGCCCUCCCUGGCUGUCCCCAGGAGUCCUUGAUGCCAUGGGCAGGUGCUUGGUGGCCGUAUUGGAUGGAGGGAGGGACUGAAAUUAAGUAGCUUAAGUAGCAGGUCAGUGUUUAGCUGUGGCUAAUUUUAGAUCCUACCUGAAUGCACCAAACUUGCCUCAAAGCAUGGAGUCCCUCCUCCUCACCAGAAACAGGAAGAAGAAGAAACAGAAGUAUUUGGGUUGAAAAAACAAAAAACAAAAAAAAAAAAAAGGAAAGAAAACUCUGCCUUCAAUUCAAUUUCUGUAAAUAGACAUUUGAGUGGCAAAGCCACGUUUCCUCCCUUGUAGAUUCUCUGCCUCUGCUGUACAUAUCCAGCUGGCUUGGGUUGUGGGGACCAGACUGUACCGUGUUUCUGUUGUGUGCUGUAUGCAGAAGAUGUCUUACUUUUGUCUGUAGUGUUCUAUAAUUUGGUUUUUGUCUCUUUGCUUACUUUUUUUGUAUCUCACCCUUUGAAUAAAAUCAAGUGCCCUACAUUAAACAAACGGAA